AUUUGCCAACCACCAUUGACAAAGCAUAUAUCCAAUAUUUCCCCUUGGCUCUAAAUUGCCUCAACUCUCUCGAAGAUUUAUCUCCAUCCUUCUCCUCGGAGCUACUCCAAUAGAGAACCCAGAAAUGCAUUAAGACGAAGUUCAAAGUGAAAUCCAAUAUAACAUCGAUUGCACCAACCAAAAGCUAUUCAACUGUUGCAGAGUCUGAGCCAGGACAAAUAUGUUGACGGUAUCGAAGAUGGGAACACCGACUCCAGUAACAGGCAUUGAGUUAGAAGAUAAGUUGAAUGGUGCUCCGUUGGCUUCUCGUCCUCUCUUCAUCUCUAAACCAUCUUGGGUGGUUCGAACUGAGUCAAAUGUUCGGAAACAUGUAAGGAAAAAGCCAGAUCCACCAUGUGUUGUCUGCCAAGGUACCGGACGAGUUGAUUGCUUUCACUGUUAUGGAAAAGGCAGGACAAACCACGUCCAUCUAGCAAUGCUUCCUAAAGGAGAAUGGCCCAAAUGGUGCAAAACUUGCGGUGGCAGUGGCCUCGGCUACUGCUCCCGUUGCCUAGGAACUGGGGAGUACAGGUCUAGAAUGGGUUUCCAUUUCAUGGAGAAGGAUUCUGAUAACAAGAAGCCCAAAAUUCGAGCCAGCCAAGGAGUACAAACAGCAGCCGAUAGAUUUCUUUUAGGAGAGCAAUCGGACUCCGAACAGGAUGUAUGAAAACUGGAUACACAGCUUGAUACAUGCCAUAGGUUUGCAAGUACUAGGAAAGCCUCUAAACCUUCUCUUUACAAUAUAGAUUGAUGGAAUAAUAUUAUUUACAUUGUGCUUCAUCAAUUUUCAAUAGAACCAGUAUUUCCGGUUUCAAAUAUAAAAUUCUGCAUAAUGCCAAUUAAAUUUGAGGCUGGUUUUUACUUGUCUUUACAAUAUAGAUUGAUCAUCUGACAUUAUUAUUAUUUUCUGCAUAAUAUCUGAUAAUUUUUUUGCCUUUGCACACAAUUAACACACAAGAUUGAGUCAGAGACUGAAAAAAGGAGGGGAUGAGAAGUUGGUCAUAUGCAGAAAGUUGCAGAAUGAUAUAUUCGUAUCAGAGAUGAUUUAUAAUAUAUGUAGUUCAACAAUUCAGUGGUGUAAAAUCAAUGGAUAAGAAGGUGAUUUUAUUGAUGUAUUACAAUCAUAGAGAAUUUGACCAUUCAACUACCAGAAGAAUCAUAAAG